UCCACAUCUGAGACUAAAUUGAAGCAAACAUACACUUAUACUUUUUAAAUUUUUAGAUGAAUGCUAUUUGAGAUAAAAGAAAAUUGAGGAACCAGUUAAGACUAAAAUAACUUCCACUGGGGUUUUGAAAUCACAUUUGGAAAUGUUUAAUUAUUUGGUAGACUACUCCUCUCUUGAGAACCAUGUCUCUUCUUGGCCGUUGCACAGUGAGAUGAAGAGCCAGCAGUCUCUGCAUAUGGCCACUCCAGUGAGGCACAGCCUUGCCCUGACUAAAGCAGCUGGGACCUCUGUUUACCUCAAGCUGGAUUCAUCUCAGCCCACGGGAUCCUUUAAGAUCCGGGGCAUCGGGCACCUCUGCAAAACUUGGGCAGAGCGAGGAUGUGAGCGGCUGGUCUGCUGUUCAGGAGGAAAUGCUGGCAUGGCAGCAGCUUAUUCUGCCCGUCAGCUUGGGGUACCUGCAACCAUAGUAGUGCCAAGUGUUACACCAAACCAAACGGUGGAGAGGCUGAAUGACGAGGGUGCCACUGUGGUUAUUCAGGGCAAGACUGUAAAUGAAAGCAUUGAAUAUGGACAGCAGCUUGUGGCGAACAACCCUGGCUGGAUCUUCAUCUCACCCUUUGAUGAUCCCCUUAUCUGGGAAGGCCACACGUCUCUGGUAAAGGAGCUGGAGCAUGACCUGAGGGAGAAGCCAGGGGCCAUAGUGUUGUCUGUGGGAGGCGGAGGCCUGCUGAAUGGAGUGGUGGAGGGACUGCGUCGUGCGGACUGGGCUGACGUGCCUGUUAUAGCCAUGGAAACCAUGGGAGCACACAGCCUCAAUGCAGCAAUGAAGGCUGGGGAGCUGGUCACUUUACCUGAAAUUACCAGUGUAGCAACCACACUGGGCCUGGCGAGGGUGUCUGCACAGACCCUUAAACUGGCGAACGAGCACACCAUUGUCUCAGAAGUAGUUUCAGACCAGGAGGCUGUAAAAGCUGUGGAACGCUUCUUAGAUGAUGAGAAGGUCCUGGUGGAGCCUGCCUGUGGUGCUGCCCUGGCAGCUGUGUACAGUGACAUCAUCAGAAGGCUACAGGACGAAGGCAAACUGGCACAGCGCCUGGGCCCGGUGGUCAUCGUAGUGUGCGGCGGCAACAACAUCAGCAUGGAGCAGCUGAGGAAGCUGAAGAAACAGCUUGGUAUUAUCUAACGUGGCCGACCACCUCAUAUCUGCCUGACCUUUCCUCUGUUCCUCCAUAAACCCACGAUUCAUGUGCUCCAUAGACAAAAUCAUUCCAGACUGUUAAACUCUCCUGAGAUCUGAAACGGGAGCUGUUGGAGGGAUUUUAAAAAAAAUCUUGUAAAAUGUGAAGCUGCUCUGGUAGAGGUCGUUUUUGACUAGAAAGCUCUUUCAGAAAAGGAAGUACACUGACAUUUAAGUGCCGUUUGUAUUCAGUGUGCUUUCUUUGUAAACAUGCUUGUGUGUUGCUUUCUUGCAUUUUUUUACUCUGAAACUGAUUUUAAAAAUAAUAAAUUAUAUUUCUGAAUAUU